GUUUGUCCAGAUAUUCAAACAAUCCAAGGUUUUUGGAUUUCAAAAUAAAAAUUUUGCCCUUGAUGUCUGUCUGAUGUAUGCGCUAUACCUCCAAUUUUGAGCUGACGUUUUCAAACCGUCACGUUUACAACUGAGGUACCUGACUAAAGACGACUUGACUUUGUUAACCCCUCCUCUCUCUCCUGCCUCACAUUAUCAAAUUUGUACAGUUAGCUAGCCCAGCACUGGAAAUCCAACUUCGACUACAUAGGUACCUACCUUCCCUUUCAAAAAACCAGUCUAAAAAAACAAAACAAAAAACAAAAAACAAAAAAAGCACUGCCACCAUGGCGGCCGAAGAUGACUGGCAAGGUGUCGAAAACGACAUUUCAGACCCCGAAGAGCUUCGAGUCAUCUACCAGGCUCUGGACUCCUUUUUCCGGUACGCAAAAGUUGCACAUUUCAACUGCACCCACCUCCGGAGGCAGUCCUUUUACGCCCUGCCCCAGACCCACUGGAAGCUACUGGCCUCGCCUCCCUUCAACUACCUUGACACGCUCGAGAGGGUCGACGCUGCCAUCGACACCAAUGCCGAGCUGGCCCGCGCCAUCGCCGAGGCCGGCAUCGCGUCCUUCCACAUGCAGGAGUCGAGGACGUCGUUUGACGGCAUCGCCAAGGCCAACGACAUCGACAAGGCCAGGAGCACGCUGAGGCAGUUCUACCGCGACUGGUCCGCCGAGGGCCGCCCGGAGAGGGAGGCCAGCUACGGUCCAGUCAAGCAGUACCUGCUGCAUAUGGAGAGGAUCCGGAUCCAGGAGUGGUUUGGCCCGUCGCCGCCCAGCCCGCUUCCCACCCUGCCCCCGCUCAAGGUCCUCGUCCCCGGCGCCGGACUGGGCAGGUUGGUGUUUGACCUGUGCGAUCUGGGGUACGAGGUCGAGGGCAACGAGAUAUCCUACCACCAGCUGCUCGCGUCCUCGUACAUACUCAACCGCGCCCCCGGCGCCCGCCAGCACACCAUCUACCCCUGGGUGCAGUCCUUUAGCAACCACGCCAGCCGUGCCAACCAGUUCCGGUCCUACGCCGUCCCGGAUGUGCACCCGGCCACGCAGCUCGCGAACCCCACAAAGGCCGGCGGGAGCAUGUCCAUGUCGGCCGCCGACUUUUUGUGCCUGUACGAGCAGGAGGCGCAGCGGGAGAGGUUCGACGCCGUCGCGAGCGUCUUCUUCCUCGACACGGCCCCGAACGUGAUCCGCUACAUCGAGGCCAUCCGCAACUGCCUGCGGCCCGGCGGCGUGCUCAUCAACGUCGGGCCUCUGCUCUGGCACUUUGAGGACAACGCGCCGGGAAACCACGGCAGGGACGACGACGGCGACGGCGAGCACGACCCGACUGCUUCCAGCGGCAUCGCGGACCCGGGGAGCUUCGAGCUGACAGAUGAUGAGGUCGUUGCGCUCGUCGAGAGGCUCGGGUUCGAGAUGGUCAGGAAAGAUCCCAUGCUCGUCGAGGCGCCCUACAUCCAGGACCGGGAGAGCAUGUUGAGGACCGUGUACAGGGCAAGUUCGUGGGUUGCCAGGAAGAAGAUUGGAUGGGUGAAUGAUGUAUGAAACCUAUGGGUUUACUUUUUGCAUUCUUUCUUCAGUUGAGGCAUGGAAUACAGAGGCAACUUGAUAAAGUAUGAAAAAGUGACUUUUUUUUCUUCUUCUUCGUGUCUUCUAUCAAUCUUUGAUCCGUCCAGAAUAGAUUCGAUGAUAUCGUUA